CUUCAAUGUUGCAGAGCCCUGGCGAUGAUGUCUGCGGUCCCCUGCGACAAGAAAAAUGAUGAUAUACCCUUUGCCGGCAACCUUCGAGAUCUUCUCUUCCUGUGGUAUCACCCAUAGCAGUGAUUACGUCCCUGUCACCGCUCAUGCCCACCUGACUUCAAGUGACCCGACGGUCGACACCCUUUCAGCGUCCCCCUCGGCCCUCUCACCUUUGCCGUCUACAUAUUUCUCGCCCCCUCUAGUUGCUGCUUUCCUGCCCUCUCCUGCCUGCCCAAGGCAGUCUCUUUCCCUUUCAGAUCAGACCUGUCCAUCCUUAAUGUCUAGUUAGGUGCGAUAAUGUCUAACUCAGAUCCCCCCGCUACCCCACCGAGACAAGGCGAACCUAUCCCUCCCAUCAUCCUAGAAGAAGCGGAAGCGGCAGCUGCAGCUGCUCAAGAGGAGGCGUGUGGUGGUCCAAGAGAGCCAAAUGUGUCCAAUUCUUCGCCAGAAGGACAUAUACGGCACCAUGGCGGCGUCUCUCCCCACCUGGAGGAUGUCCCUCCGCCAGCCUACAAUGGCGCGGAGUACGGACAGCUGGACAUAAGUCAGAACGGCCUUGAUACGGGCGCACGGAUAGCCAGUGAUGGCCGAGUCAAUAUCAACAUCAACCAGCACAAGGGCAAGCUCACGAGCUUGCUUUUGCCUGCUCUGCGCCGCCAAUUGGAGUUGUCGAGGCAGAAACCUCCCUCAGAGCCACCCGUUCCCGAGGGGCUGGGAGAGGUGGACGGCCUUCCUCCACCGCCUAUGAACAUUGUGAUUCAAAUCGUGGGCAGCAGAGGAGACGUGCAGCCCUUUGUGGCAUUGGGCCAGGUGUUGAAGAACAAAUACAAGCACCGUGUCAGAAUCGCCACCCAUCCCACGUUCAAACAAUUCGUCAGAGAGAACGGUCUGGAAUUCUUCAGCAUAGGAGGAGAUCCCGCCGAGCUCAUGGCGUUUAUGGUCAAGAAUCCGGGUCUUAUGCCGGGCAUGGAUUCCCUCAAAAGUGGAGACGUGGGCAAGCGAAGAAAAGGCAUCUACGAAAUCGUCACAGGUUGUUGGAGAUCCUGCAUUGAGGCUGGAGACGGUAUGGGCAUGCCACUCAGCGAUGAUAAUAUGGAUGCGCGCAGCUUCGACAGUGCGAUGUCUUUCGGCAUAGAUCCGACUCUGAAGCCCUUUGUCGCAGACGCAAUCAUUGCGAACCCACCGAGCUUUGCUCAUGUGCACAUUGCAGAGAAGUUGGGCGUUCCCCUACAUCUGAUGUUCACCAUGCCUUGGUCGCCAACGCAGUCUUUUCCACAUCCUCUCGCGAAUAUCAUCUCUUCGAAUACAGACUCCAGUAUUACAAAUUUUGUCACCUAUGCCCUGGUGGACAUGUUGACCUGGCAGGGCCUGGGGGAUGUUAUCAACAGGUUUCGGGAGAGAAGUCUGGGCUUGGAACCCGUGAGUAUCAUGUGGGCGCCCGGCAUGGUCAGCCGAUUGCGCAUUCCGUGGACUUACUGUUGGUCGCCGGCUUUGAUCCCGAAACCACCAGACUGGGGCAGCUAUAUCGACAUAUCGGGUUUCUUCUUCCUCAACCUAUCUACCAACUAUACUCCACCACAAGACCUAGCAGACUUCUUAGCUGCCGGACCACCUCCUGUCUACAUUGGCUUCGGCUCUAUCGUGGUCGAUGAUCCGAAUGCCAUGACUAAGAUGAUAUUUGACGCCAUCAAAAAGACUGGCCAGCGAGCGAUAGUCUCUAAAGGCUGGGGUGGGCUCGGUGCCAAUGAGUUAGGAAUACCGGAGGGUGUCUUCAUGAUUGGGAAUUGCCCUCACGAUUGGCUAUUCCAACACGUGUCGUGCGUGGUGCAUCAUGGUGGUGCAGGUACAACUGCUGCCGGUAUAUUAGCCGGUCGACCAACGGUGGUAGUUCCAUUCUUUGGCGAUCAACCGUUCUGGGGGUCAAUGACCGCCAGGGCCGGCGCAGGCCCAGUACCCAUUGCGUACAAGAACUUGAAUGCCGACAAGCUUGCCCACUCGAUCUUGGAGGCGUUAAAGCCGGAGUCCCUCGAACGCGCAAAGGACCUGAGCAUGAAGAUCAAGGCAGAGGAUGGUUGUGAAGCUGGCGCACAGUCUUUUCACAAGCAGUUGCACAUGUCGAGCCUCAGAUGCUCGUUGGAUCCGUCGAGCGUUGCUGUCUGGCGUGUGAAGCGGACGGAUAUCCGUCUGUCGCCGCUUGCAGCCACUGUUCUCGGAACUGAGGGCCUGCUGGACUUCUCGGACCUGAAACUUUACCGUCCCCGAGAGUAUGAGACAGAAGACGGGCCGUGGGAGCCAAUAUCUGGCGGUGCAGCUGCUUUGAUUGGAACACUUGGAAAUCUUUCCAUGGGUAUCGCAGAUUUCCCGGUUGAAAUCCUCAAGUCAUUGAAGACCGCCUCGGGAGAAUUGAAAGAAAUCCACGAGAGACGCUCAAAUAGUGGCACUUCCACACCCGUCGCGCCCUCGGAACGCCAGUCUUCUGAAGUUGCGGGUGCAACAGCGGCAACGAUCACGCCCGUCCAAUCUCAGCAGUCAAUUUCGUCGGGCACAACCGCCGCGGCACCUUCAUCCAUGUCGACCGUCUUGACCGCAGAUGGAUCAUCAAAAGUUUCCCAUCAUCACCGCCAUCAUAGCCUGUCUCACCACCGAUCCCGAUCCCGCUCUGGUUCGCCGGCAGCAAAUGGAAAUCGUGACCCCUGCGUCGGCGAAGAAGUCGGACAAGUCUCGCUGGACACGGCCAUAUCUGGCGCCAAAGCGGCUGGUAAAAUCAUUUCAGCUGGUGUCAAGUCGCCCAUGGAUUUUACACUGUCUCUAGCAAAAGGAUUCCACAAUGCACCGAAAUUAUACGGAGAUGAGACCGUGCGACAGAACGAAAAGAUCGUGGGACUUCAUUCCGGCUUGCGGGUGGCAGGCAAAGAGUUUGGAUAUGGUUUCUAUGACGGCAUCACAGGUCUAGUCACUCAGCCACUAGCAGGGGCCAAGAAAGAGGGUGCAGCUGGUUUCUUCAAGGGAGCAGCCAAAGGCAUCGGCGGCUUAGUCCUCAAACCUGCGGCGGGUAUAUGGGGACUCCCGGGAUACACUGCCAAAGGCAUCUACAGCGAGAUUUCCAAACACUUUGGAAGCUCCGUGCAGAAUUACAUCAUCGCGGCUCGGACAGCGCAAGGUUUUGAGGAUUGGAAAAACAGUACUCCAGAACAAAGACAACGAAUUGUCACGGCUUGGAAAGAUGGCAGGCUGGAAACUCGAAAGCAUGGGCAACUGUACGGAAACGAUCGCAAGGUGGCAAUUGAAAGUCACAUUAUCACGAGGACCAAGACGGAUUCUGUUGAAUUGAUUCACGGAUUCAGAAACACGCGACACCUGAGCUGGGAUGAAAGAAAGGCUCUUGCUGAACGAAGGGACCAGUUGAAACAGGAAGAAAAGGAAUUACAACGCCGUGAAAAAGAGAUUAAAAGGGAAGAGAGGAGAAAAAGCAAGAGUGGUGGCAAGAUUAAGAGCCGAUGCAAAUUUUGUCCCUUCGACCACGAAACCAGCCACCAUCUCAAGCACAGCCAUUCUCUCUCCAGUCUGGACUCUUCGCUCAGCCGUGGCAAUACGCCCUCGCAGUCCCAAGACAACGUCCUGGCUGACUAUGAGCACGCAAUCAAGCAUUCCGUAAGUUCAACUAGUACAGGCAACCCAAUGGAAGAUGCUGUCAUUGAAAGGGCACUUCGAGCGAGUCUCCUGGACCUGCACAGUUCAGGCCAUGAUCCGAACAAGUAUUCUGAUGCAGCAUAUCAACAAGCCAUCCAGGCUAGCAUCCGAGAAUUCAAGAGAGCUCAAGAAGAACAUGCUCGACGGAGCGGUACCUUAUCCACAACUACAGAAAAGCCAGAGGACGAGCAUGACGCCGAACUCGAAAAGGCUCUUGCGCAGAGUCUGGAAGAGCACAAGCUGGCCCAGGCUGCAGGAGAUCAGGAUCCAGAUCUGGCGUAUCAAGAUCACCACCAUUUGGAUGACAGUGAUUCUGGAUUGGACACCGACUACGACGAAAGGUUCAUGCGCAAGCUUGAAGAGACUAAAAAGCUUCACACCGAAAACGAACUGAAGAAGAAAGAGCUUACAGAUCGGGAAGCUGCACUGACGGCCACGAAUGGACAUACAGAAUCAGUCACUGCCGCCAAGGAAGCUACAGUUGACGAGAACGAGAACGACGAAGAAUUACAGCGGGCUAUAACUGUAUCGCAGGAGGAAGACUCCAAGCGCCAGGAAGAACUUACGAGAGAGAGAACAGAAGAAGAGAUUGUGUUGGAGUAUGUCAAGAAGCAAAGCCUCAUCGAGGAGGAACUGAGGAAACAGAGGGAGAGUACCAGUACCACGGUGGCAACAGAGUAGGAGGAUCCGACAGCAGACCAGGGAGCCAUCUUGUGAUGUGAUAGACCACGAUCUUCCUUUUGUUUAAGGCUAGAAUUUGGGUGCCAUGGAGUGCCCUUAGUUGAUGACUUAGGGGCUGUGCAUUGGACUUCUUUGCUAUUCUGGACUCCGCUAAUAUGGGCUGAGCGGCAGAUGAUUGCUAGAAUCACGAUUGACGGCACUUCGAGAUACCACAGAUACUACAUGGCAACGAUGAGAGUAUUAAUACAUGGUGAGCUAUUACGAAC